AUUAAAAAAAAAAAAAGAAGAAGCCAAAUGUCUUCUAGGUUCAGCCAUACCUGCUUCUAUUACCCCCACUGGGAAGGCCCUAAAUAGGGUUCCUAUGGGUGUUUAUUGUUGGAUACUGGCCCAGUUACAGUGGGGCCAUAGGGCAGGUGACUGCCUACUUGCACCAGGUUCCCAGAGGACCAGAGCUGGAUUAUACAUGAAGGUCAAAUUCUCAUGCAGGUGAGGGUGGAUGGAGGCCCUGGCUGAAGGAGCAAUGUCCCAGAGACCGAGUGGAGACUGAGUUGUAGGAGGGCAAAGUAACCAACUGUCACCACUGCAAACAGUGGACAAGGAUCUGGCCACAUGGAGGUCAUACCCAUGGGCAGGGCUGCUUUGGGGUUGGUGGAGACCGCUCAUGGGGAGGCAGCUGGACAAGGCCAUGGGAAAGAUGACCGACCAUAAGAGAUGGCAGGUCUCGGGUUGCUCGAGGGGGUGGGGGUGUCAGACAUACCACCGAAGAGGGCAGGAGGCAGACGGAUGGCAAUGACUUCCUCAUUGUUGAGACCUGGUGAGACAGGAUCCCCGUCCCCCAUUCUUUCAUAUUUUAUUCUUCUCUUUCUCCAGCAUCUCGUUCAUAUGGUUUUUAAGGUAGUUUUACUCCUGUAAGACUCUUAUUGGAAUCGUAUUUAGAGUUGCAUUGCAUCGACACAGAAACACAUAGAUUUGGGGGAAAUGGGCAUUCUUGGUUAACAGAGCAGAGAGGCUGGCCUCUCUCUGUCCCAGGCUACUCUCCUGUUCCUUAGAAGGCAGCUGCAGUUAGGAGUUCCGUGUGUAUAUUCCCAAAAGUUGUCUAUGCAGACAUACACAUGCAUCUGAUGUUGUACUAAGAAAAUGGGGUUGUGCUUCCUGACUUCCUGCCCCCAAGCCUUCCCUUUAGGCAGCCCACAGUGUGAGGCAUCCUGUUUGUCCAGGGGAUGGUCUUGUACCAUUUUUCCUAGAGUGAUCGCCUGCUAGGUUUCUGUGUCCCUGUUACAGACUCCCUUUGACAUUCCAAAAGAUGUGAACCCCGUAUCCCCAUUAGGAGAGCUCCUGGUCCCCCCCGCCCCCACUUUCUUUCAGUAAUUUGAACAUGACACAUACCUCAGCUUAACUUAUCCUGAUAUGUCCCCAGAACCUGUCCACCCCCAGGCUCUCCAGGGUGCUCAGACCAAAUCCCUGGGUAACUUUGGACUUAAUCUACCAGAAUCAACCAUGUGUGAUGUUCCAUUGCUAAUCCCUGGUGGAGCCACCACCAGGCUGAUGGCCCCAGCCUCACUGGAGCACCAGGGUACAACCAGCCCCACAGGAUCCUCUGACUUCCAUCUGCCUCAGAAAUCUCGGGAUCAGGUGAUGGCAGCGGCCAGGCUCCUGCCACCACCGGCAGGACCCCAGCCCCUGUCAUUCCAGGCCAAGGUAACCUUUGAGGAUGUGGCUGUGCUCCUCUCCCAGGAGGAAUGGGACCGCCUGGGCCCCGCUCAGCGCGGCCUCUACCGACACGUGAUGAUGGAGACAUAUGGGAACGUGGUGUCACUGGGACUUCCAGGAUCAAAGCCCAGUGUGAUCUGCCAGCUGGAACGAGGAGAAGAGCCAUGGGUCCUGGAUGGGCAGGGGACUAAGGAGACUGGGGGCCUGGGGAGUGGCCAUUCAGACAACUACAGACACGACCACAUGCCAGCUUGUAUGCAACAAGACAGCUCACCCUGUCCGUGGGAAUGUGAAAACCAGGGAGAGAACCAAGAUAGGGACUUGGGCGUGAAGCCACGUGUCUCCGAGGACGGCUCCGUGGUCCCGGGGGAAGGCCGCCCGGGAUGGCGUGACCGGGGGCGCCCGCGCGACGCUCCGCCGCCUCGGGCCCCAGCCACUGCUGGUGCCGAGCGGCCCUACAAGUGCACCGAGUGCGGCAAAUGCUUCGGCCGCAGCUCGCACCUCCUGCAGCACCAGAGGACCCACACGGGCGAGAAGCCGUACGUGUGCGGCGUGUGCGGGAAGGCCUUCAGCCAGAGCUCCGUGCUCAGCAAACACCGGCGCAUCCACACGGGAGAAAAGCCGUACGAGUGCAACGAGUGCGGGAAGGCCUUCCGCGUGAGCUCAGACCUGGCGCAGCACCACAAGAUCCACACGGGCGAGAAGCCGCACGAGUGCCUGGAGUGCCGCAAGGCCUUCACGCAGCUCUCGCACCUCAUCCAGCACCAGCGCAUCCACACGGGCGAGCGGCCGUACGUGUGCGCGCUGUGCGGGAAGGCCUUCAACCACAGCACCGUGCUGCGCAGCCACCAGCGCGUGCACACCGGCGAGAAGCCGCACGAGUGCGCGCAGUGCGGCCGCGCCUUCAGCGUCAAGAGGACGCUGCUGCAGCACCAGCGCGUGCACACGGGCGAGAAGCCGUACACCUGCAGCGAGUGCGGCCGCGCCUUCAGCGACCGCUCGGUGCUCAUCCAGCACCACAACGUGCACACGGGCGAGAAGCCGUACGAGUGCGGCGAGUGCGGCAAGGCCUUCAGCCACCGCUCGACCCUCAUGAACCACGAGCGCAUCCACACGGAGGAGAAGCCGUACGGCUGCUACGCGUGCGGUAAGGCCUUCGUGCAGCACUCGCACCUGACGCAGCACCAGCGCGUGCACACCGGCGAGAAGCCGUACGUGUGCGGCGAGUGCGGCCACGCCUUCAGCGCCCGCAGGUCGCUGGUGCAGCACGAGCGCAUCCACACCGGCGAGCGGCCCUUCCGCUGCGCGCAGUGCGGCAAGGCCUUCAGCCUCAAGGCCACGCUGAUCGUGCACCUGCGGACGCACACCGGGGAGCGGCCGUACGAGUGCAGCCGCUGCGGCAAGGCCUUCAGCCAGUACUCGGUGCUCAUCCAGCACCAGCGCAUCCACACGGGCGAGCGGCCCUACGAGUGCGGCGAGUGCGGCCGCGCCUUCAACCAGCACGGGCACCUGAUCCAGCACCAGAAAGUGCACCGGAAGCUGUGACGCCCGGGAGCCCCGCGGCCCGGAGCCCCGGCACGAGGAGCUGUGGCCCGGGGGAGCCUCAGGGGCCAGGCUUUGUUUCCCCCCACCCUCCGGUUCUGCUGCACAGCACUCACCUCCGUGGCGACUUUUGGUACAGGGCGCCACGUGCACUCACCCUCUAACAUUACACUGUCUGUUGGAAGAAACCGAAAGAAGUUAGGACCCAAGGAAAUACUGUCACAAAACUUUCUUACCUUCUAAAUAAAGUUUUUUUCUUAGAACAUCCGAUGCCUUUCCCAAAAACGAUAAUUAUUCUAAUUAUUGCACCUAAAAUUAGACUUGGAUUAUUUGCAGUGUUGUUAGGCCACUAAAGUGUUAUCUGGAUGAUAUAUUUUUUUUGGAUGAUAUAUUUUUUAAAAAUGUCAUUAAGUCUCAUCAUGUAAUAUGGCUAGGAACCCUAACUGUUAGAAUCACAUGUUUUAUAAAAAGUCUAAAGAUUAAUUAGUGAGAAAUGAUGUAAACUUAGAAAACACUUCAUCUGGUGUUUCAACUUUAUUCAAGAUCAGAAGGGAUGUCCUAACUUUUGGUGAAAAUUCAACUCAAAUAUGCUUCUUUGCCUCAAAGCCCACCCUUAUGAUUUAAGGCUUUGUGCCCCAGAAAUCAUGGGACGUCUUGAGCCUCUGGACCCCAUGUGGGUGGGAGGGGGGCUCUGCACCUCAGAGCCCAGACCUCAGCUGUUGCACGAACUGGGAGCCUCUUUACACAUUGUGUUACUCAAAAGAAAGUUCUUUGGUAUAUAUUUUUAAAACUUAAAAUUCUCAAAUUCAAAUAGCUUUUUUAUUAUCUAAAUUUUCCAUUCCAAUGUUUGAGGUUUUUGUGUUUUUCCUCCUGAUUCCAAGAAAGUCUAGUAUCCAGUUUCACUUACUACAAUGAAUCUGGUUUGUCAUUUUUAAGUUUUUUCCUCUCUCUCUUGAAAACAUCAGCUUCUCAGGAGAAAUGAAGGACUAGAAUGUUGACCUCUCAGUCCACAGCAAUAACACUGACACAGAUAAAAGCUUGUUUCCCCCUCCCUCUCUCUGAUACAGGUGACAGGUGCCAAUAUCACAGGUGAAAUUCUGGAAGCUGAGGGUUGCAGGUGUGCUUCAGGGAGGAGAUGGGCUCCUUCUGAAAGAAAUUGGCAUCACAUGUGUACUGCAGAGCCGCUGGGACCAGAGGAGCUAAAGCCACUGAGCAAAACCAGGAGUUGGGUUCACUAAGGUAGAUGAGCUCACCGAGAUGUCACUUCGCUGGAGCUGAGGGAGCAGGUGUGACUUCAGAGAUGGCGAAAACCUCUGAGGAGAUGCUGUCGAGGCCAAGUUCAUGGUGCGAUUCAGAGGAGCUGAAAUCCCUGGGGCCAAACUGCAAAGGAAUAGAGCUCAUGGAAGUGGGACACUCACUCCUGAACCCCACGGAGGGGGGCCACCACCUCCCCCGUGCUGACCGAGUCUAUGGCUGUGUCUGACUCCGCAGCUGCCCCGCAGGGCACACCACUACCCAGGGCACAAUUCCUAAUCCCAUGGAAGAGUUAGGAUAAAAAACAGUUCGGUCAAGACGACGCUGAGUUACGUACGAUGUACAGAAACACUUGCUUGGAAAGACACUGUCUGUACUACAGGACA